AUGGGCGGCCCGCGGGCCUGGGCGCUGCUCUGCCUCGGGCUCCUGCUCCCGGGAGGCAGCGCCGCGUGGAACGUCGGGGGAGCCCAGUUCUCCGGACGCAGGAACUGGUGCUCCUAUGUGGUGACCCGUACCAUUUCCUGCCACGUGCAGAAUGGCACCUACCUUCAGCGAGUGCUGCAGAACUGCCCCUGGCCCAUGAGCUGCCCAGGGAGCAGCUACAGAACCGUGGUGAGACCCACGUACAAGGUGAUGUACAAGACAGUGACCGCGCGCGAGUGGAGGUGCUGCCCCGGGCACUCAGGGAUGAACUGCGAGGAAGUUACAGGUUCCUCUGGCUUCGUGGAGCCCGGCUGGUCAGGCAACACCAUGCGACGGAUGGCGCUUCGGCCCACAGCCUUCUCAGGUUGUCUCAACUGCAGCAAAGUAUCAGAGCUAACCGAGCGGCUGAAGGUGCUGGAAGCCAAGGUGGCGGUGCUGACUGUCACUGAGCGGGCAGUGCUCCCCACCCCAGCUACACCCAGGGACCCUGUCCCACUCUGGGGCUCCCCAGCUGCCCAAGGCAGCCCCGGAGACAGAGGCCUCCAAGGGCUACCAGGAGCCAGAGAGAACGUGAGGGCCCCGCUGCUCCCUCGAGAUGAUCGAGUUGGUGGCCAGGGGCUUCCUGGGCCCACUGGCCCCAAGGGAGACACUGGCAGUCGGGGCCCAACGGGGAUGAGAGGCCCACCAGGUCCUCAGGGGCCCCCAGGAAGCCCUGGCCAGGCUGGAGCUGUGGGCACCCCUGGAGAGAGGGGACCGCCAGGCCCACCAGGGCCUCCUGGCCCCCCUGGCCCCCCUGGCCCCCCAGCCCCUGUUGGACCACCCCACGCCUGGAACCCUCAGUAUGGGGACCCAUUACUGUCCAACACCUUCACUGAAACCAGCAGCCACUGGCCCCAGGGACCAGCUGGUCUCCCAGGCCCCCCAGGGCCCAUGGGUCCCCCUGGACUUCCUGGUCCCGUGGGCAUUCCUGGGAGUCCUGGACACAUGGGACCCCCAGGCCCCAUUGGACCCAAAGGAAUCUCCGGCCACCCAGGAGAGAAGGGAGAGAGAGGACUGCGUGGAGAACCUGGCCCCCAAGGCUCCAUGGGGCAGCGGGGAGAACCUGGCCCCAAAGGAGACCCUGGCGAGAAGAGCCACUGGAACCAGAGGGGUCGGGGACAGGCCCUGCCGGCACAGGCACCCCCAGCCUCCUGCGGGGCAAGAGGGGAGGACACACGGCCAACUACCGGAUCGUGGCCCCCAGGAGCCGCAACGAGAGAGGCUGAGGGCAGGGGUGGCCCUAGGGGCAGACCUGGCCUAGCUUCCCUUCCCAGACUGGACUUGGCCAACUGCCUCCAGGGACCGCCCACCAUAUUUAUUAAUGUCCUCAGGGUCCCUUCUGCCACCUAAGCCUUUGGGAUGGGCAAGUCUUGGUCCUGACACCCCGUGCAAGUCUGCCUACUAUGAAGCUGAGAAGGGACUGUGGCCUGAGUGGGAGGGGCAGCCCAGGCAUAGGUGAGGGCCCAGGGACUCCCUUUCCCUCUGUGAAACGGGAUGAUGCCAGCCUGCGGGGAAGGGCUAGCAGGUUCAAGACUUGGGUCUUCUCAUGGGCUGCCCAGGCAUCCAGACCUGUAGGCACUGAUGGGUGACUGGAGCCGGGGUUCUGCUGAGUCCUUAGCACAUGCGGGGCUGGUGGGGAAGGGCAGGCUUCCCUCUCCCUCCUCCCCAGCCAAACCCGGGGAGCCCAUCGCAGCCCUCCUCUCCUUGAUUUCUGGUGCUGGGUCCCCACCCUGAGUCCAACAGGCAGGACGUGCCAUAGGUCCUGCCCCCUGAGCCCCCAGCCCCUCCCAUGUCCCAGGUGGGGGUGGAGGCAUGGAGAGGGAGGGGUGCCCUGGAGGUAGAGAUCUCCCGCCAAUAAAGUCCCCCAACCUGAA